GCAAGACGACUUCUGUUGGAUUAUUGGCGUGGCAACUAAGACACUGGGAUAUAGCGCCAGGGUUUUGACAUUCGUGAUGGCAAGGGUAGGCUCCUCUUGCAACGAGCUUUCCAGGAAGCCCAAGAUUGAAAAAAUCGUCAAAAGGAGACCAAAGUCAUAGCCCGGAGAAUUAUGGAAUUUGAGAUGUCAAUCCACACUGUACUGUCAUUGGUCAUCUGCUACUAUGCACUCACCGGUACUACAGUGAUGAGUUGUCCAGCGACAUGUUCGUGUAGUGGUGCACCUAGUUACACUGUAAAUUGCUACAAUCGCAGAUUAACAAUGGUGCCUGGUGGAAUACCGAAUACAACAAUGACUCUAUUAUUGUAUGAUAAUCAGAUCCAGACUUUAAGUGAUGGUGUGUUCUCUGGUCUACCAAACCUCCGAGAACUAUAUUUGUUCAAUAAUCAGAUCCAGAAUUUAAGUGACGGUGUGUUCUCUGGUCUAACAAACCUCCAAACACUACAUUUGUACAAUAAUCAGAUCCAGAAUUUAAGUGACGGUGUGUUCUCUGGUCUAACAAACCUCCACAGACUAUAUUUGAGCAGUAAUCAGAUCCAGACUUUAAGUGACGGUGUGUUCUCUGGUCUAACAAACCUCCAAACACUGUAAGUAUUAUCAACUGCACCACUGAACGCAGGGAUCAGUACUUAUAACUGUGUGUAUAUAGAGUACUGCUGGAUACGUGAUGAACAAACCUCGAUUAUCUGUGAGUAUUAUUAUCUGCUGCACUGAUUGAAGGAAACAGUUGUAGACGCUGUGUGUAAAAUGCUUUAUUAUGAAGCCUCUGAAUCUCGUAAGUGUCAGGAACGAAAGAGCACACGGCACGAGGACAACUGCUUUUUCUUAAUGGUAUA